UCCAGAUUCAGGGGGGAGAUCCUACAGGUACUGGGAAAGGAGGUGAAUCAAUUUGGAAAAAGCCAUUCAAAGAUGAGCUCAAUUCAAAGCUGCUUCAUACUGGUCGUGGCAUUGUCAGUAUGGCGAACUCUGGACCUCACUCUAAUGGCUCACAAUUGUAAGUGUUUUCAGAUGGAUGAUGUUUAUUUGAGAUCUGCCCAACGGAUCUCUGUCCUUGGUGUUCUGCUGUGCCGUGCUGUGCUGUGCCGUUCCGUGCCGUGCCGUGUCGUGCCGUGCCGUGCCGUGCUGUGCCGUGUCAUGCCGUGCCGUGCUGUGUCGUGUCGAGCUGUGCUCUUCUUCUCUGCUACGUUCUAAUGUGGUCUGUUUUGUUCUGGUUUGGUAUGGUUUGGUCUGGUUUGAUUGGUUUGGCUUGGCUUGGUUUGUUUUGGUCUGGAUGGUUUGGCUUGGUUUCCUUUCGUUUGGUUUGGGUUUGUCCGGUGCAUUGCGGUAUUGUACGGUCUGGUUAUUGUCCAAUACCAACAGCAUUAAAUGAAGUUCCAUCUACAUC